AUGGGAGAAUUAAAUGACUUCGAGAAGCUAGAGAAGAUUGGUGAAGGUACUUACGGUGUGGUUUAUAAAGCGAUAGAUACAAGGCAUAACAAUCGUGUAGUUGCACUAAAGAAAAUUCGCUUAGAGUCAGAGGAUGAAGGAAUCCCAUCCACAACUAUUCGAGAGAUUUCCUUAUUAAAAGAGUUGAAGGAUGACAAUAUUGUUGGUCUAUACGAUAUUGUCCAUUCUAACUCGAAUAAGAUAUACUUGGUGUUCGAGUAUUUGGAUAUGGAUUUAAAAAGAUACAUGGAAUCGAUUCCAGAGGGAGAAGGAUUGGAUUCAGCAAUGAUAAAGAAAUUUAUGUUACAGCUGAUUAAAGGAAUAUAUCAUUGUCAUGCUCACAGGGUUUUACAUAGGGAUCUGAAGCCUCAGAACCUAUUGAUCGAUAAAGAAGGUAAUUUAAAAGUGGCAGAUUUUGGAUUGGCUCGUGCUUUUGGUGUGCCUCUUCGUGCAUACACGCACGAAGUUGUUACUCUUUGGUAUAGAGCUCCAGAAGUGCUAUUAGGAGGAAAGCAAUACUCGACUGGAGUGGAUAUGUGGUCGAUAGGAUGCAUAUUUGCAGAAAUGACCAACAGGAAGCCAUUGUUUGCUGGCGAUUCGGAAAUUGAUCAGAUUUUCAAGAUUUUCAAGAUUAUGGGAACACCAACAGAAGAGGUUUGGCCGGAGGUUACUUAUCUGAGCGAUUUCAAACCUACUUUUCCUAAGUGGAGAAAACAGGAUCUCUCAAAAGUGGUUCCGUCUUUAGAUAAAAAUGGAAUCGAUCUGUUAGAACAAUUGUUGACAUACGAUCCAGCAAACAGAAUAAGCGCCAAAAGGGCACUGCUACAUCCAUAUUUUCAUGAAGAUCUUCAGCAGCAGACAUCAGACUACCAUCAGCAAUCCACUAUGCAGGUUGAUUCUUCUACAAUUUAUGCAUAA